GGUCAGCUGACCCAGGCAGUGCAGGCAGAGCCCAGAAGCCGGGACCCGCGGCGGAACUUGACACGUCAUCCCCCCAUCCUGCAGCAGCCAUGGUCUGGAAGAAACUGGGCUCCGGCAACUUCUCCGACUGCCCCAAUGGCUCCCGCCGGUGGAUAUGGGAUGUGUUCGGCGAAUGCGCCCAGGACGGCUGGGAUGAGGCCAGUGUGGGCCUGGGUUUGAUCUCCAUUGUCUGUUUUGCAGCAUCCACCUUCCCCCAGUACAUCAAGGCCUGCAGGACGGGCAACAUGGACCAGGCGCUGUCUCUGUGGUUCCUUUUGGGCUGGAUUGGAGGGGAUUCCUGCAACCUCAUCGGCUCCUUCCUUGCUGACCAGCUGCCCCUGCAGACCUACACGGCGGUGUACUACGUGCUGGCGGACCUGGUGAUGCUGUCCCUCUACUUUCACUACAAGUUUAAGAAGCGCCCCUCUCUGCUGUCUACCCCCAUCAAUUCAGUGCUGCUGUUCAUCUUGGGGCUGGCAUGUGCCGCCCCGCUGCUGAGGACCACGGGCCCUGUGGCCGCCCGGAGGGAGGUCUUCCGGGGCCGGACGCUCCUGUCAGUGGAGCCGGGCAGUAAGCCCUUCACUCAGCAGGAGAUCAUCGGCUUCGUCAUCGGCUCGGUCUCCAGCGUGCUCUACCUGCUUUCCCGGCUGCCUCAGAUCCGCACCAAUUUCCUGAGGAAGUCCACGCAGGGCGUCUCCUACUCGCUGUUCGCCUUGGUGAUGCUGGGGAACACACUGUACGGGCUGAGCGUGCUGCUCAAAAACCCGGAGGUGGGCGAGAGCGAGGGCAGCUACCUGCUGCACCACCUGCCCUGGCUCGUGGGCAGCCUGGGCGUGCUGCUGCUCGACACUGUUAUCUCCAUACAGUUCCUGAUAUACAGGGACACGGCCACCUCCUCGGAGCGCCAGCCCCUCCUCCCCAGUUGACCCGGACCCAGGCCAAGCCCAGGACAACAGGGAUCUCCAGACGCUGCUCCCAGGAAGGGACAAGUGCGGGCAGACAUGGUGCUGCUGACCCUGGAGUGGGCCGUGGAGGCAGCCGGGGGUGCCUUAAGGGCCCGGCCCAGGCACCUCCCCCACCUCCGGAACCUGCUGGGUGACUCUUCCAGGAACCCUGACUGAUUGACUCUUCAGGGGGCAGGGAGUGGGGAAUAAG